AUUAAAAAUUGUUACCAUUUUGUUUAGUGUGUGUGCGCGUGUGUGUGAGUGCGUUUGCAAGGCAAACAAUUGUUUCAAAACGGUUGACAGGCGGCGCUGGCCCAGUGCAAUAGGCUUUGUGUGUGAGUGAGCUCGCAACCGUGGUAGCAUGCUGUGGACGGUGCAUCUGGACGGCGGGCCGCAGCGGGUGAAUCAUGCCGCCGUUGGCGUUGGGGACUUCAUCUAUAGCUUUGGGGGCUAUUGCACCGGCGACGAUUAUCGCUUCAAUGAGCCGAUCGAUGUCCAUGUGCUGAACGUGCACUCGCUGCGCUGGACUCUGGUGCCGCAGCAAUGCGAUUCGGAUGGGGAUCCGUUGAAGUAUCCGCUGGUGCCGUUCCAGCGAUAUGGCCACACUGUUGUCGCCUACAAGGAGCGCAUCUACAUCUGGGGCGGCCGCAAUGAUGAGCAUCUCUGCAAUGUGCUCUAUUGCUUCGAUCCAAAGACGGCGCGCUGGACUCGUCCGACGGUCAGCGGCUGCCUGCCGGGCGCUCGGGAUGGCCACUCGGCGUGCGUCAUUGGCCAUUGCAUGUACAUCUUCGGGGGAUUUGUGGACGAGAUCAAUGAGUUCAGCAGCGAUGUGCAUGCGCUCAAUCUGGACACAAUGGAAUGGCGCUAUGUGCAAACGUUCGGCGUGCCGCCGACCUAUCGGGAUUUUCAUGCCGCCGUUGCUUACGAGGAGGAACGGAUGUAUAUCUUUGGGGGGCGUGGCGACAAGCACAGCCCAUACCACAGCCAGGAGGAGACCUACUGCCAUGAGAUUGUCUACCUGGACAUGAAGACGAAGGUGUGGCAUCGCCCCUUCACCGCCGGCAAAGUGCCCGUGGGACGACGCAGCCACAGCAUGUUCGUGCACAAUAAACUGAUCUUCGUGUUUGGCGGCUACAAUGGACUAUUGGAUCAGCACUUUAACGAUCUGUACACCUUUGAUCCGCGCACCAAAUUGUGGAAUCUGGUGCGCGCCAACGGACAGGCGCCAACGGCUCGACGACGCCAGUGCGCCAUUGUCAUGGGCACGCGCAUGUUCCUCUUUGGCGGCACAAGUCCGCGCUGCGCCAUACCGCAGGCACCGACGGCGGUGUCGCGUGCCAAUGAUUCGACACAGCCAACACAGCAGCAGCAGCAGCAGCAGCCGCAGCAAGAACAACAGCAACAGCAGCAGCCGGCAGCAGCAGCAGCAGCAGCAGCGGCGGCAGCAGCAGCAGCCGCAGCAGCAGCAACAACCACAUUGAUCGACUACAGUGAUUUGCAUGUGCUAGACUUUGAGCCCACACUGAAGACGCUAGCCACAAUGGUGGUGCUGAAGCAUCAAUUGGACAUCUCGGGCCUGCCGCGGAGCUUCCGUGCGGACCUGAACAUGCUCACACAGCCGAACAGUAUUACGCGGCCGAUCAACCAGGCGGGCUAGCAUUUAUUGUUAUUGUUACCGUUACGACUGUUGUGCACAUCUAACACUAAACCACUCUAAGCAC